CCAACUAGAAGUAACGAGGACUAACAAAAUCGCAGCUUCCAUUUUCCCCCAAUUUCACCAAUAAACAAACGAACCCCAUUUUUCCCGCAUGCCUUCUCUUUCCCCCGACUUUCUCCAUUUCUCAGCUCUCUUCUUCUUCUUCCCCAAGAAUCUCACUCGCCGUCUGAAGUCUGAACCAGUCAACCCCGCUGCAAUGAUACACAGUCACCCCAUUUCCACCACCAUGACGACCGCCGAUUGAGCAUUUGCUGCUGAAUUCUCAUCAGCUUUGAUCCGAAGCCGGAACAGUGAGCACUAAACGAUUGUAUUUGUAGAUAGGAUUGCGCAGCCAUGGUGCUUCCGCUCCUGAAGCUCGGGACUUUGGCCAUCAAAACUCUGAGCAAACCCGUCGCCGCCAGGCUCAAACAUCAAGCUGCAAUGCACCCCAAGUUCCGCCAGUUCAUCGUCAGCAUCGCACAGGCAAACCAUCGAAUGACCACGAGAAUGCAAAGGCGCAUAUAUAGUCGUGCCACUGAUGUUAAGAUUCGCCCUUUGAAUGAGGAGAAGGCUGUGCAGGCUGCUGUGGACCUUAUUGGCGAGCUCUUUGUCUUCUCGGUUGCAACAGUUGCUUUGAUAUUUGAAGUGCAAAGAAGUGCUCGAUCAGAAGCCAGAAAGGAGGAAGCACGCAAGCGAGAACUGGAGGCACUGAAGCAAAGAGACGAAGCCUUAUCAAGAGAAGUAGAACUUCUUAAGGAAAAACUUGAAGAACUAGAGAAGCUUGCCAGGGGACGUGGACUUAGUGGGAUUAUCAGUUUCAAGCGCCCUGAUACAGAAUCUGCAAAGUCAGUAAAGCCAGCCUGAUCAUAUCACAAAUUCAUCUCAUAAAUUUGGUUUUUAACCCGAUUUUAAUUCAUAGAAUGCCCUCAUCGCCGAGAUAAAAUUUUCGCCCUUGAUUCUUUUGACCGCCGGGCAUCUUUUAGAUUGAUGCCUGGCUUCAUUGCCUUCGGAAUUAUAAACGUUUGUUAACAGAGAGAUGUAUGCCAAGUUAAUGAUGGCUUUGGUGGUGUGACAUUAACUUUCCAGCCGUAAUCGGUUUUUGGAAUGCAAAACUUUUACACAUUUGGAGGCAGAGGUUGUGCAAA